AAAUAACCUGACAUGCAAUAAUACUUUAUAUGGAAAUAUGGAAUAAUCACCCAUAAUCGCUCUGAGGUGGCGUGUGAAUCCAUGAGAUCCCCCAUCAUCCAGCUAAUCAGAAGGCUUUUAAGCCAUGUUUGAACCGCCAAAGAAGAUCCGAAGAAUGUUUCAAUGAAGCCUGUUAGCCUGUUAGCCUGAUAGCCUUUAUACUGCAGUCAGUCUCGCUCUGGAACAGAGACCCGAGAACUGACUCGGCUAAACAGGCAUUAAAUAAAGAGCAUGCAGGGAUUUAUCUUAGAUCCGACUUCUAUUAGUCAGAUGGACAUAUAUGGAAACGUAUUAGAAACCAUUUUAAAACAUGGGGCACAUAUUUCAGUCAUAUAACACCAUAUGUAAGCAUAUAUGCACUAUAUGACAGAAAGCAUGAAUCCUAGCCCAUAAUCAAUGUUAUACGUAUGUGUUCAUCGAGCUACCUGGCAUAUGCGCACAUGUAUAGAGGUGUAUGUGCCAUACAUUUACACUUACAGCCAUAUAUCAGAUUUCUGUAUAUGCUGAGGAAUGCAUUACACCAAAUGACCGGACCUGAUGUGAACGCAGGUCUGUCAGCGCUGCUAAAUGCCUGAAUGGUUAAGAUUUUAAUACUGAAUGCUAAUUUUGCCUAUUUAUUUAUAGGUGUAGCCUAUUACCUCGAUAUGUGACAUUCAUUAAAUUCAUUAGACGCGAUAUUCAGUGUUCAGUAUUCAAUAUUGAAUAUUCUGUAUUGAUAUUCAAUUCAUAUUACUCGCAGGUAAGAAAGCGAGGAAACAGUGCCCUGAAAUGUGAUACUGAUUACAAAUUUGGCGAUUUUGCACUUGCUCGUCCGUAAACAUGAGAUGUCUAAUGCCUGUCAGUCUUAUAUAAACGCCUUUCUGGACAAACUCGUUUAAAAGAGAAACUACGGGGAAGACGCCGUGAACCAGAGUGCUUGUAAUACUGCUUUAUCUUCAUUUUUUAUGGUCCUAACAGUGUGACACUGACAUGAAGCACGGCGUAUAAAGGAUGCUGCCGCCGAAAGCUGUGGAUUGAUCACCAGCAGGGGGCGCGCUUAACUAACAGUACGUAACAAACAUGGCCCCGGCCUCUCGCAACGGCAGGAGUGGACCGGGCAGAAGUGAGGAUGACUGCUUCGGCAUCAGAGGAGACAGGAAGACGCGAAAGCCGUUGGUGGAGAAAAAGCGGCGGGCCCGCAUUAACGAAAGUUUACAGGAGCUGCGGCUGCUGCUAGCUGACUCGGACGCACAAACCAAGAUGGAGAACGCCGAGGUGCUGGAAAUGACCGUGAAACGUGUAGAAAGUAUUCUUCAACACAGAGCUAAAGCAGCUGACAGCAUGAACCGGGAGGCGAGCGAGCGCUUUGCAGCAGGCUACAUCCAGUGCAUGCACGAGGUCCACACGUUUGUGUCCAGCUGUCCAGGCAUCGACGCGACUGUGGCGGCUGACCUGCUGAACCACCUGCUGGAGUGCAUGCCUCUGAACAGCGAGCAGCGCUUCCAGGACGUGCUGACUGACCUGCUGACUGAGCCGGGACGCUGUGGCCCCUGGCCGAACGAGUCCCCCGGAGGGCUUGUUUGUGGUGAAGGAGGAGGAGAAGGAGGAGGAAGCCCAUCUGAUCUGUCUUUGUCCCUAUCCACCACGUCCAGUGAUGACCUGAGCUCAGAUGGCGAGGAUACAGAGAGUGAGCGUGGCCAUGGGGUGCCUGAUGACCGGGACGCGAGAGAACUGCCUACCAGCUACUACUCUAAGGCCGUGUGGAGGCCCUGGUAGAGCCGGAGGGGCUGUGCAACAACACUGGACUAUGGGUGGAAGUGUGUAGGCUAUAACACAAAGCCAUAGGCAGCGUGUGUAGGCUGGUUUCUCACCUUCGGUCCUGAUCACUUCAUAAAGCAGUUACCCAGAGAACUUGUUCCAAAAGUCAUGGCAUUGGGUCCAGUUGGAGGAGAGCUAAGGGGAAUUCCUGUUGUUUAUUGGACAGUCAUCACUUUUAAAGUUUGAAACUCAAGUUAUUACUCUUCUAGGAAUAUUCCAGCAUUUUCUUUCAAUUACAAUUUUCUCUAGCAUGUGGUCGAUUACCAUGGACAGUGAUUUCAAUGUGUUUACCUGUAAAACACUGACUCAAGACACACUUAUAAUAGAAGCCAAUGGGCACUUGCUUCUGUUUCUAGUUUUCCCUGUACAUGAAAGCUUUCAUUAGCUUAUUAGCAAGUCCUUUUGACUGAAUCAAAUGUGUUAACACAGGGAAACCAGGAAACUGUACAGUGCAGUUGGGACCUUUAGAAAUGGGGUUGGGAAACACUGGUGUAGGCUGUAACACCAGGCAAAUGACUGUGUAGGCUAUAGAACUGGGACAUAGGCCAUGUGUAUAGUCUGUAACACUGGACCAUUGGCCAUGUAGGCUUCUGAGAUUGUAGCUGGGGUAUCUGUAACAGUUGUGUUUAAUAUAAAGCUCUUGUUGGUGUAGCAGCCAGAUUUCAACCCAGUAACACAGAAAUAUCUUUUUAUAUCUGCAUCUUUGUAUUUAAAAAAAAUGUAUAAGCUAAAUUAAGACAACACUGUUAUGAUGAGUAUUUCUAGGAGACGCCUAUCUGUAUCUUAUUAUUGUAGAAGAGAAUGUAAAUAUUUCAUCGUUGUUGCUGUUGUAGAUAUUGAUGAAGUGUAAGUUGUUCCAUUCAUUAAAUAAUAAUAAUCAAUAAAAAAAAAAACAAU